UGUUAUUACGCGGACGUAUCUUGUAACAAGCGAUAUUGUUAGUUAAGUUUUAUUUAGUUCUCUAAAGUAUCAGUAUCUAAUCUCGUAGAGUAGAUCAGUAGGUAUUCGUGUUUUAAUUACAGCGUGUAUUUAUCAUUAUCAAAUUUAGUGUGUUUUGUGCAUCUUAGUGCAGUGUUCGUUUACAUCGUUGUGAUUUUAUUUUUUAUUACAUUUGUGACAGUUAUACAGUGAGUGAAUAAUGAAUUUGUCGUUCGCCGGGUGCGGGUUUCUUGGCAUUUAUCAUGUCGGCGUAGCAGUGUGUUUUAAGAAAUAUGCACCACACUUGCUUUUGGGUAAAAUAUCUGGCGCCUCGUUUGGUGCUCUAUCAGCCUGCUGUUUACUUUGUGAUGUGCCUAUAGGUGAAAUAACCAGUGAUGUCCUCCGAGUGGUCGGAGAGGCCCGGGCAGGGUCCCUCGGCCCCUUCAGCCCGUCCUUUAACAUCCAGAACGUGCUUCUGGAAGGCAUGGACAAGUACCUGCCGCACGACGUGCACAAGAUCGUCAGCGGCAAGCUCCAUAUAUCACUCACGAGAGUGUACGAUGGGAAGAACGUCAUUGUCUCAGAGUUUCCAACGAGGCAGGAUUUAAUGCAGGCAUUACUAGCGUCAUGUUUCGUGCCAGUGUUCAGUGGUAUGCUACCACCGCGUUUCCAUGGCAUCCGAUAUAUGGACGGCGGCUUCAGCGAUAAUCUGCCCGUGCUUAACGAGGACACCAUCACAGUCAGCCCGUUUUGCGGAGAGAGCGACAUCUGCCCGAGGGAUCUUAGCUCACAGUUAUUCCAUGUCAGUAUAGCCAACACGAGCAUAGAGUUAUCAAAGCAGAACAUCAACAGAUUCGCCCGCAUCCUCUUCCCGCCGAAGCCGGAGGUGCUGAGCAACAUGUGCAAGCAGGGCUUCGACGACGCCCUCAGGUUCCUGCACAGGAAUAAUAUGAUCUCCUGCACGAGGUGCUUGGCGGUGCAGUCCACCUUCCAACUGCAGGAGGUCUUGGACGAUACUGUCUACGAUUAUGAGCCGGAUUGUGAAGAGUGCAAGACACAUAGACAGGACGCACUAGUGGACGACCUACCCGACACAGUGAUGUCGAUAUUCCAAAACGCAAUAGAUUCGGCCAACCACGGCAUCGUGAACUGGAUGAUGCGGCAGCGCGCCGUGCGCUGCCUCAGCAUCAUGACUCUGCCAUAUCGCGUGCCCAUUGACAUCAUGUACGCCACUCUCACCAAAUUUGUAGCGUGCACCCCGAAGAUGUCGCGGUCGCUGUGGAAGCUCAGCCUGAACCUCGUCCAGCAGCUGCACGGGUUCGUGUACUCCGCGCACGACCGGUCCGAGGCCGCCGCGCAUAUCUACUACAAGCUCACCAUUGACGCCAAGAAGGAAGUUGCGGACGGUCGCCAGGUGGACAGAAGAAGAGCGAGCGAGAUGCGCAUAUCGUACGGAGACGUGCUCGCGGACGACACGUUCGAACACAUCCUCAGUGUGACGUCACACAACGACGCACUCCUGGCUUAUUACUACCUCGACAGCGACAAUAAGAUGAAAAUGACAGAGAUAUACGACGUGACGGACGCGGACACGGACGCGGUGCAGUCGCCGACCGAGCGCGUCGUCAACGAGCAGCUCGAAUUCGACAACGACUGGUCGCGCGACAUGAUCGCAGAUGCCGACUCGCUCGACGUGGACGGCCUCGACAUGGACUCGGAGUCGCUAGGCGACCGCAACUUAUUCUCGGACCCCGAGAGCGAGUGGCGCCGACACUCGCUCGCCAGCUCCGAGAGCGACGCCGAGCAGCCCGAGAGCGACCGCCACCAUAUCUACGAGACUUGCUAGACGGACCGACCUAACUCUGCGUGGUAUUUGCAGUGACAAAGCCUAAAAUGUCAUUAUAAUUGUCAAAUUUCUAUGAAAACACGUUUGGUUCUGUCAAAGUCGGUGCAGAGUUACCUUAUAUCGACUUUAACACUAGUCUAUAUAGUCGAGCCUCUUAACGACACUACGCGAAACUAACUUGUAGUCCUACUUCAACUGCGCCAUCUAGAGGUACAGCGCGAAACAACAGCAUACUCUGAAUACAUAGCAUCGGCGCAUAAGUUUCUUUGUUAGCGAUAGAUAACGCGAUUAUAAAAUAAAUGUAUAAUCGGGGACAUUUCCGGUGAACCACCUAAAGGGCAAAAAUCGUUUAAACGUCUUGCAGACGGUCAGGCGAUAUCAUUAAAGUGAGGACCAAUAUUAAAAUGUGGGUGUUGAAAAAAAAGGUAGUUAAAGUUUAUUGCCGUCCAUUGUCUUUGUGACGGUCGGCAUUUGCAAACUAAGAUAAAGAAUCCAAAAUGCAUCCUAAUUGGUUAUCUUUAUGGGGAGUUGGGGAGGCGAAGCUUAGCCUACACAACAAUAACUAAUAACCUGUCCUUACUGCCUAUUAACAAAGAAUCCUAAAUGCAUCGUAAUUGGUUAACUCUAUGGGGUCCUCGCUCGUUCGUAAGGAAUGUAAGGAUCGAGGUAAAAAAAAUCUGAUGUGUUUCACCGGGAAUGUCCCCGAUUGUACAGAUCGUGUCACCUAUCUAAGGGAGGUAUUCCAAAAAGGGUACCCGUCCAAUUUCUUUGUCCAAUGUGUAUUUGCGUCUCACGUUUUGCUUAAUGAGAAAGUGAGACGUAAUGCACAUUGGACCAAGAUAUUGUACAGGUGGAUUACCAACCUUACUAGCAUCUCGAAGUAAAAAUAAAGUGACAAUAAAAAUUAGAAUGGAAUGUAAUGUAUAAAUUAUAUUUACAGUACAUAUGGUGCUACUUUACCGCGAUAAUUAGCACAUUACGUAACUAUGUCGAAAAUUUAAAGGGCCAUAUGUACUGUAAAAAGUUUCACGAUACAUGUGCGAAUAGGUAAUUUCCAAUUUUUCGCACUUGUAUCGUAAUGUACUAGUAUUACAUAAAUUGUAGAACGUCAAUGAUUCUAUGAACUACUAAAGAAUGAACGUACGAGUAUAUGUAGUCAUAGAUCCACAUAUUGGAAGCUAACAAAAUGUUACUAAUGUGUGAUAAUGUAUACUUUGACAUUUGUAUCCCUUAAAAGAAGUAAAGUUGAUUUAGAUUAAAUGCUAAAUUGAUAUAUGAAAAUUUAAAAAUAAACAAAUCAUUUUCCAGUUUUUAUAUGUAAUAUUCAGUUACAAGUUACCUUAAUAUUAAAGCAAAAACGUGAUAAUAUAAAUAUAAAUAUGUUGGUUCGUUUUAGUUUAGGAAUUUGUUACUUAGGUUUCAAAUCUAACUGACGAUAUAAGAAUUAUGUAUUUACCAAUCGUGUAAGCUAUAGGUAUUCUAAUAUUAUUAGGUGAUGGUAAUAUAAAUA